AUGCAAGAAUUAUCUUUGAUAGAUGAAUUUGAAAAUGUGAUACAAGGAUUUUCUGACACUCUGCUACUUUUUAAAGAUAAGUUUCCAAAAAGAGAGAGUGGGUAUAAACUUACAACAUUAGCAAAAGAAUUAUUGGCACUUCCAUGCAAUGGUGCCCAUGAUGCUAGUGUUGAUGUCAUUUUAUUAGAACAACUAACCACUUCUUUUAUAAGUGUUCUUGAUUUGAUAGAAUCUAAUAAAACAAUCAAAGAUAUUUCAGAACGCAUGCAAAAGGAAAAAGACGCCAAAGAAAUAAUACCUUCGUUCAAGCCCAUGGAUGAUGUUAUUAGUAAAGCUAUGCAAAAAAGAUUAGCUUAUGCUGGUAUCACUUAUGAAAACUUAGUUAUACAUUUCAAAACAAAAGGAUUUGAUGACACAAAAGCUUUAUUAGUAGGUGAAGUGGAUGGUAAACCACAAAUAAUUAAAAAUAAAAAAAUUUUGAACUCUAUUUUAGAUUACUUGAACUCAGUUUUACAAAUAAAGGUUUAA